UUUAUAUCUGAAAGAAAUAUAAAGUUCAAAUCCAAAUGUUCUGGACAAUUUUCUGCAGGAAACAAACAUUCUUCACAUUGCCAUAAGUUGUGUAUUGAUAUAUUAAAGCCAUGUAUUAAGUGGCACAUUUUAUGAUUCAACAAAUCAGAGAAUAUACAGCUAUGAUACAGUGAAGACUAAUCCCUGGAUGGUUAUUGGUGUGCAUUUGACUCCGCCUACCAUCUAGGUGAUGGGUAAUUUUGACAAGCGUAGUUGGAAGUUCAUAUUUUUGCCUCUAUACUUGAUUAAUCAUCGAAUGCAAGAAACACUGAGAACCUUCUUAAGAGAAAUGAUAGAGGCAGCAGGUUUACAGUGAUAACAAGACAGCAUCAACAAGACCCCAAUUGAGAGGUGACAUUCAAUAAACGCUUGAAUGAAAUAACCAUUGAAAGAUUCACACUGCAGGUAUGGCUGAUAAAUGCUGGGAAACAGUCAAGACAAUAUGCAAAAUUGUAGUCACAGUUCUUGUACAUCUAUUCAGCGUCAUCUGCAACAUUGUAAUGUUGAUUGACCUAUACACCAUAGAGAAAGGACUUGUUUACGGUCCUCCAUCCUGUGCCAAGAAGAUAGCACUUACAUUUUUCAUUUCCAUUUCCUUCUUACAUAGUGUAAUACAAAUAUUUUUAUAUAUUGCGAAAGAACGAAAAACCAUAAAGCCUUCCAUUGCUGAAGCACAUGAUUUAAUUGCGGUAUUUACAAGCGAAAUUCCCAUUUUGAUAGUAACAAUCAUAAUAGCAGGCUGUAGAGAGGAAGAACUGAGUGUUUUUCAAAUAGUAAAGGCAAUAUUUUUAUUAUGUUGGUAUACCCUAAGACCGUUGCUAAAAAUAUGUUGUUUGGAAAAGAUAAAGAAUUGCUGUUGGGAGAAGAUAAAGAAUUGCUGUUGGGAAAAGAUAAAGAAAUGCUGUGAGAAAUGUCAAGAUACAGAGUGCAACUGCAUAUGCAUUUUUUACUGUAUUGGAGGUGUUAUUGUUCUGAUUUGCUUCAUAGUUGUUUUGAUAUUUGUUCUUCACACACGGACUCCAGAUGGUGAAAUCCAUUGCAGGUCAACUAAAUGUGACGAGAAAAUAUUGUACAGGGAUGCCAAGUAUUUCAAUAAUGUGAGCAUCUACUUCAGUCACAGUGAUCUGGAUUAUUUCAAUUCUGAUAAUAUUCACUUCAAUCACAGAAAUCUACUUCCUUUAAUAUCCCUUAACAGUUUGAGAAAACGCAACAAAACACAAGUUGUCCGAGUUACUAUUGAAAAGGUUGACAGCCAGUACAAACUCCAACUAAACGAUGGAAGAAAACAUGAAUGCUUUAUAAUUUAUCACCAGCUGGAAGGAAGAGGUGUUCAUAAAGCACAGUGCUCAGAAAAUUUUAUUAAAAAUUUACACAAAGAAUUUAUAUUCCAAAUGAAAUAUGUUAUCUCAAAAGACAGAUUUUUUCUAAAACCUAGACAAGUCUUUGGCGAUAUACACUACAACAUGAAAGUGAAAACAAGAACAGAAUGCACACAACCAGACUUUAGAGUAAGUGACAAUCUUAAAGAUAGGUCUUCUGACUCCACCACGGCUGUGUUACACUAUUUUAGGUCCGCUGAUGGUGUUGACAAGGACUAUAAUGUAAGGUAUAUCAGAGAAGAACAAAACACAUUUCAUCAGGCUCAAGACAUGGAAGAUUCCGUUGACAUCUGGAACACCGGAUAUUCACACUGUAAAAGUAGUGGGAAUUUAGCACCUACAUUUGACAAAGAGAUCCUUGUUGACUGUUGACUUGCGCAACUAAACUAAUGUAAUCAAGAGCUCAAGAUAAGAUUUUGCAAUGAAUUGGUAAUUACCCACUCACUUUUUGCAAUUGGGUAUUCAGGUUUUUGCGUUGGGUAAUUAUUAUUUUUUACCAAUGAUUUGAAAACAUUGGGUUAAAAGAUGAAUACAGUAAAACUGCAGUUGUUCGAACAAGCAGUCGUUCGAGAACCAGUGGUCCCUCGAGGUCUGAGCUUGGUCCCAAACAUUUUUCCUUCUAUUCUCAUAUAAAAUAUACUGAUGCUGCCUCGAAACUUAAAUAAGUCGAGGAGACGAGCACUAUAUCCGGUCCCAUAUACACAAAUCAUGCACAAAACCUUAAGGUGUUUUCGCAAGUUGUAAAAAUUGUGAUGACGGUUAAAAGGAAAUUUAAUAGUGUGUGAAAAACCGUUUAUCACUGUUUACGCAUGACCAAUGAUAGUUGAUAAGGGCAUUUGAGAAGUUAAUUAUGAGAUACAACAGUUUCAUGAGACAGACAAGAUGCGGCAAUCAUCAAUCCUUGAUUUUGCGAAAAUUAAAUCUGACUAAUGCCAUAAUUUGUACUGUCAUAUUUAAUGUUGCUUGUUUAGAAAAUGUGCUUUUUGUAAAAAUAAGCAUAACUAUUUAUUCAUUAAUAAUUGUUUUUUUCUUUAACAUUUUGUAUACAACAGUCUUUGAAUAUACAGUCAAACCUGGUUGAACGGUCACCUGCUUUAAAUGGCCACCUGCCUUAACGGGCCACUCCAAAUUCCCCCCGUACGUUUUUACUAUAUAAUGUACGUGCAUUAAGCGGCCAACUGUCUAACGCGGCCACGGCCACUAAUUUUUGUCCCCACGAAGCCAUAUAUUCACUAAUUAGCGGCCACUAAUCCCUUGUCACUGACACUUUUGCUUAUAAAUUUUUCCAAUACACAGCUUUAAUUGCAUACAGUAGUUUACGGAAAAGAACGACGGCCUCGGGUAUCUCCGUCAUCCAAUGAAAAUGAAUAUUGCAUCACACGAUUGUCAUGCGUGUUUUCUCAUCGAGAAAUCAUGUUUAUUACACGUCGGCGAAUGUUUUGAUCAGAAUUGACACAAUUAAUGACACAAUUAAUACGAUAAUUAAAUAAUUCAGAGGUAAAUUAUUAAAUACCGACAAAAACACCGGUUAUUAUGAAUUCACAGCGGCGUGAAACGAGAUACGAUUUUUUUUAUAUUUUUCAAAGUGCACGGAUUUUUAUUUCUACGAACAAAAAUUUACAAUGCAUUGUUCUUGAUAUUUUUUUUUAAAGUUUUAUUAUUGUCGAAAAAAAGACUAAUCGAAAGUGUUUGACUCUAAAAGAACGUGUCGAGUGUAUAAAGUUAUUAGAAAACGGCCGUAGUGCAAGAAGUGUUGCCAAUGAAUUUAACUGUGGACGGACUCAAAUCAAUUUCUUACUAUCGCGUAAGCAUGAAAUUGUGGAGGAAUAUGAAAGCAAUGGAAAUCCAAAUGCAAAAAGACAGAGGAAAAUUACAGGAAAUGUGUAUGCACAUGUAUUUUUGUAAAUGUGUAGACUGAUUUGUGGUGUGUUUUGUUUAUGCUAUGCUAUGCAUCAACAUUUAUUUAAUGUACGGACUACUUUAAAAAGUGAACUAAAAUUGUGAAUGUACAUGUAGUUGUGUAAAUGUGUAGACUGA